AUGCAAAAUUAUCGUUUCUUUAAUGAAGCGAAAACAAAGGAACACUUUUUGAUACGAGCGGAGAGGUCAAUUUAUGAGGGCGAACCAAUGUCCGAUGAUGAAGUUGAAGCUGAAUGUCGUCUAUGGGCACAUACUUUACCUCAUUUAAGGAUAUGUGGUAAAAGCAUUAGCAAAAGUCGUAAUGGUGAAAUGAAGAAGGAUAAAAUUGAUUGGCUGGAACAUAAUUUGUUAUAUGAUCCGGUUUCGGAUGUACUGAAUAAGAAAUUACAACGAAAAAAGUUGCAACCUGAUACAUUGGUUAAGAAGAUGCCCAAGGAGAAGAUCAAAAUGCAAAAGCAUUUUACCUUACCUUCUAUUUUUAAUGGUCAUCAAAAUCAUCUAUCACAUCCUAAUAAUGUUUGUUUGAAGUAA